CAAUUCCAAUCUCUUAUUCUUCAACCCUAACCUAAUUAACCAAAACAUUAUUUCAUUCAACAAACAAAACGCUGCCUCUGUAUUUCGGUUCUCACAGGAUAUUUUCACUUCACUUUCAAUCCUUCAUACGAAAAAACGCCAUCAUCAUCAUGAACACUCAUCAUUAACAAUUUUUUCACUUUUCUUGAAUCUCACUCAUCUAAGAGAGAUUGAUAGGAAGAUAAGAAGUGUUUUGAGAUGGCAACAACAGAGGCAGCUUCUGCUGGGGUUGGUCCUAGAUAUGCACCGGAUGAUCCCUCGCUUCCGGCGCCGUGGAAAGGUUUGAUUGAUGGAGCUACUGGUUUGUUAUACUAUUGGAAUCCUGAUACUAAUGUUACUCAGUAUGAAAAGCCAACACCGUUGGCUCCGCCUGUGCCGGCGGCUUCUACGCCGAGCUUGGCGCCUAUACCGGUGACUCAACAGCAUGGGCAAGGGCAACAGAUGAUGCAACAACAGCAGGGGGGUCAUUAUGCUCAACAGCAUGGUCAACAGAUGCCGCAGCAGAUGAGUCCUCAUGUGGCGCAGGGUACUCAGCAGCCGAAUUCUCAGGCUGCUCAACCUGUCCAGCAGCAGAAUUCACAGAUUUCACAGCCGGCGCAACAGCCAGGGUUACACCAAGGUAGACCACAGAUGAUGCAGCCUCAAGGGCAGCAGAUGAUGCAGUAUCAAGGACAGCAAUUUCAGCAGAUGCAUCAGAUGCCUCCACAGCCGAUUCAUCCACAACAAUUUGGGCAAGGAGGUACUCAAGAUCACGGUUCGCAUCUUGUGCAACCGCAAGCGCCCCAGUUUACUCCUCAGAACAUGCAUUAUAUGGGAUAUCAACAAAACAUGGUUACACCUAGGCAACCUAACUCCCAGCAGAUUCAACCAAAUAUGCACUCAUCUGGGCAACCAAACCCCCAGCCUAAUCAACAUCCGCAUAACAUACAUAACCAGCAUUUUGAAAAUCAACAAGAUUUUAAAACAGCGAUGCCAAAGAUGGAGGAAGCAGAGUUUAAAAAUGGAAGCCAAGUUGGUUUCUCACCAUCACAGUAUCAACAAAGGAGUGCCUUGCCUGUUCAAAACAAUAAAAACGUUCCUGCCGAAGUUAGUUCUGGUCAAGUUACUAAUGCAAGUGUUAAUCCUGCCCAACCACAACAAUUUAGGGGCUAUCCAGGAAGCAUGCAACAGCCUAGCCCAACAAUACAGUCACAGCAGGGUGGUUCUGAUUUAUAUUACCAACAGGGUCCUAAUCCUAAUUUCCAAAACCAGAUGAGCCCGGGAAUAAUGCAUGGUCAUCCAUCCAAUGUACAUCCUGUUGCCCAAAAGAUGGUACAUGAGGACAAUGUACAUGGUAGAGCUGGAAAUGACUAUUACUAUAAUUCUAACAAAGAGAUGCCGCCAAUGGGUCGUCAGCAGCCAGAUAUGACUCAAAUGCCGAUUUCCCGAAAUCCGCAGGAUAUGAGGAUUGGCAAUUCCCCUUUUCAAAAUAAUGUCCCCAUUGGAAAUGGAAGUGGUAUUACUGUGAAUGCUAUGAGUAACAUGUUCACUCCUCCAAUAGGAGGACCUUCUCCUCUUUCAAGCAACUCUUUUACGAGGCCUCCUUAUGGUGGAUCUUCAGAUGUUACUGAUCUCUCAGCAGCUGAAUUAUACUGUCAGCAACACGAAGUUACAGCAACGGGUGACAACAUUCCACCACCAUUCAUGACAUUUGAUUCUACCGGGUUCCCUCCAGAGAUAUUGCAAGAGGUACGUUCUGCGGGCUUCUCGAAUCCAACACCAAUACAGGCUCAAACAUGGCCCAUUGCCCUACAGGGUAGAGACAUAGUGGCUAUUGCCAAAACAGGCUCUGGGAAAACACUAGGCUACUUAAUGCCGGCCUUCAUUCUUCUCAGGCAGAGACGCAAUAAUUCUCUGAAUGGCCCCACUGUAUUGGUUUUGGCUCCAACACGUGAACUUGCGACACAGAUCCAAGAGGAGGUCUUCAAAUUUGCACGGUCUUCAAGAGUAUCUUGCACGUGCUUGUAUGGUGGAGCGCCUAAAGGUCUUCAGCUAAAGGAGUUAGAUCGUGGGGCAGAUAUUGUUGUUGCCACACCUGGUAGGCUUAAUGAUAUACUUGAAAUGAAAAAAAUUGACUUUAGGCAAGUUUCACUCCUUGUGCUUGAUGAGGCCGACCGAAUGCUUGAUAUGGGUUUUGAGCCUCAAAUCCGUAAGAUUGUGAAUGAGAUUCCACCACGUAGACAAACUCUCAUGUACACUGCAACCUGGCCAAAAGAAGUUAGAAAAAUUGCCAGCGAUCUUCUUGUUAAUCCUGUUCAGGUUAACAUUGGAAAUGUAGACGAGCUUGCUGCAAAUAAAUCUAUCACACAGUAUGUUGAAGUUGUCGCACAAAUGGAGAAACAGAGGCGUCUAGAGCAGAUCCUCAGAUCUCAGGAACGGGGUUCUAAGAUCAUAAUAUUUUGUUCCACAAAAAAGUUAUGUGAUCAGCUUGCCCGUAGUAUUGGCCGAACUUUUGGGGCUGCUGCAAUUCACGGUGACAAGUCUCAAGGUGAGAGAGACUGGGUUUUAGGUCAGUUCCGGACUGGGAAAUCUCCAAUUUUGGUUGCCACUGAUGUUGCUGCUCGUGGUCUUGAUAUUAAGGAUAUAAGGGUGGUGAUCAACUAUGAUUUCCCCAAUGGUGUUGAGGACUAUGUACACCGAAUUGGUAGAACUGGAAGGGCAGGUGCUACUGGAGUGGCAUAUACCUUUUUCUCUGAGCAGGAUUGGAAACAUGCAGGUGAUUUGAUCAAAGUUUUGGAGGGUGCUAACCAGCAUGUGCUUCCAGAGUUAAGACAGAUUGCUUCACGUGGGCCACCAAGCUUUGGAAAGGAUAGGGGCGGGAUGAGUCGUUUUGACUCUGGUAGUGGUGGUGGUGGGCGCUGGGAGAGUGGUGGUCGUGGAAAUACGAGGGACAGUGGAUUUGGUGGUCGUGGAGGCAUGAGGGAUGGUGGUGGCUUUGGUGGUCGUGGGGGCAUGAGGGAUGGUGGUGGCUUUGGGGCUCGCGGUGGAAUGAGGGAUGCAGCUGGUGGACAAGGUGGUAGAGGUGAUUUCUUUCCUGGUAGAGGGGGCAACAGGGGUAGAGGAUUUGGUGCUCCACGUGGGGGCAGUGUUGGUUGGGGUGGCAGGGGUGACCGCGGUGGUCCUAGUGAUCGGUACAUGGAUGGUCGUGGACAAGGACGUGGACGGGGAAGAUUCGACAACAGAAGAGAUGUUCCGAGAAGUAGAGACAGAAGUUACAGUCGUAGCCCUGAUAGAGUUCGAACGUGGGAUAUUAACAGAAGCAGCAGCAGGAGUAGAAGUAGAAGUAGGAGUAGGAGCUAUAGCCGUAGUCGUAGUCCACGUCGCAGCUGGUCUCGAGGUCGCAGUCGCAGCUAUAGCCGUAGUCGGAGUCCACGUCGGAGUCGUAGCCGUGGUCGUAGUUAUAGCCGCAGCCGCAGCCCCAAACCUACAAGGCGUGUUAAGUCAAAAUUUUCUGAUAAGAUUGAUAUUGUGGCACCUGAAGCAGGAGCUUCUGAUCCUAUACCUGGCAACACAGAAGGGAAUUCUAUUUUGGGGACAGAACAUGUGGAGCAGCUACCUGUUGUGGGGAACACUGGCCCAAAUAAUCCAGAGGCUGUAGUGGACGUUAGUCAUCAACCACCUUCUGAUAUUUGAUGCAGUUGUUCUAAUCACAAUUUUUGAAAAUGCAUUUUGACAGUGGGUGCUAUAUUAACCUCUCACUUUCUGUUCCCUAUUGGCUUUGCACUGAGAUUGCCUAAUAGCAAAAGAUUGAUUCGAAGUUACAGAAUGCAGGAAACUCGAGCAAACGAUCUAAUAUGAUAUACUGCAGCUUUGCUGAAUGUUGAAUGCAAGUUGUUUUGGUUUUUAAUUUUUUGUAGGCUGGUGGUAACGUCGUAUUUAAUUCCCAUUAAUUUGUGAAAAUUGGAAGGCAUUGGUUUGGUUGUAUUAUUAGUUGUGUGGGUUAAACUGAUGUAAUAGAUUCUAUAUUUUUAUCAUUUAUUGUAAAAGACCAGAGCUCAAGUCACUUAACCUGGUGGUAAUUAUUGCUUUAUUUUGUCA